AUGAGUGCAUUUGGUGUUUAUUAUUUAAACAGCUUAAUAUUACUAUUUGCUCUAUUAGGAUUAUUUGGUUUCAUUGCUCUUUGCUGUGGAUUGGUAAACAAUAAUGAUGAUAAUAGAUGUGAUUGUGAUUGUGCUCGUUAUCCAUGUAUAUGUAUAAGUCUAGAUUGUAAUGGUUGUGAAGAAAAUGAUAAUUGUGAUGGAAAGGGUGCUGAUGCAAUAGUGAUAGUUAUUGUGUUGAUAUUUGCAAUUAUUGGAGUAUUUGUCGGUAUUAUGCUCAGUGUCAUGGUUAUACGAGAAACAAUGAAACGUCAUACCAAGAAAUUAUGGUUAAGACAGGAAGCUAAAAAAUAUGUUGUCAAAGAUUUUCAAGGAAGAAGAAAUGAAUUACUAAACAUGACAUCUCGAUAUCGUUAUACAAACUUGCCAAUGGAUCAAACAACUCAUCGUGAUAAAAGUGAGAUAACGCCAUCAGCACCGAUUGAAUUAUUACAAGUAUCUACGCAAUGA